AUGGCUGUAAAAAGAGUGGUAAUUUGUUUAACACUGGGUCACUUCAUUGUGCAAUUGGUUUUCAGUCACAUAACUCAUUCGCUCACUUUGCUCGUCGACUCGUACCACGUGCUUUGCAAGCUAAUAUUCUUAUUCGGAUCUGUACUGUGUACUGCUGAGGUGACUGUUUAACAUAUUCAUUACUAUUCUACUAGCAGUAUUGGCAACAUACUCUAUAAAGCAAUUUUAAACUCUCACAAUCUUCUUACCUACAUUAUGAGCUUAAUUCAUUUGUUUUAUUAUUCGUAAUUCGUAUCGUCGACGUGAAUUGGAAAUCGCUUAUCAAUAAAAGUCAUAUAAUUGUAACUUGUAAGUGAAUUAUUAUUGUUAAAAUGCAUGAUAAAUAAACUAUAAAUAAUUUAUUACUAUUAUGAGCUGAGAUAGUAAUCUCAGUAAUUAAAGGUGAGUAAAUCUUUAAUGUUCCUGAAUGCACCAACGGUGGCAUCACAAAAUAGAUUUAAUCUAUUCUGUGGUGGCAUCACUGAUUACAACCAUAUCUAGUCCACCACUUCUCAUUAACCGAGUUGUGAACAAGGUGAGUGAUAACACCAUCUUAAAGCCGCGUUCACACGAGAGCACGAAUGCUAGUGCGUGCUCCGUUUGGACGUUGCCUCGCACAACUUAAUAUUUGUGCGUCAAAUACGCGUUCCGGACUUUUAGUUAUUGUUCGGCGAGCAUUAAUGUAUGCUGUUUGACAUUUACAAGAAAAUUGUACUAAUUAUGUAUAAUUUAUAUAUUUUAAAGAUCUUAAUAAACGUAAUGCCAUUUUUUUUUAAUUUCUUCGGGUCUUUUGUUUAAGCUUUUUGCUAAUUCUUCCCGUGCAUUUUGUUUUUUAGUUUUGGAGAAAUAAAAUUCACGUUUUGGGUUCCACAACACUUAUUAUUUACUUGUUGAUAUUCUUGUAUUAACUAAGUGCAAUCUUCGCUGCGCCAUUCCAAUUUACUUAUUUUGUUUGAUAAAAAAAAAAUUAAGUACCUAGCACGUUACGCGGGUAAACUUUUUCCUACAAACACGUCCAAAUGGAGCCGCGCGUCGGACAAUUAUAUCAUUGAGCAAUUACAAUUUACCGACGACAAUUGGAUCGAGUUCGCCUAUACGUCGCGAGCACUCGAGUGCGCUCGGGAUUUCGUCCAAACGAAGGAAAUUUGUGCGAAGCACAACAUGUUCACCUUGUACGUACUUUCGUGUGGACGCGUCUUUAAGCUCAUUUUAGCCAAUAUUUGGCGGUUCGUCUACACCGUGAUACAAACAGCACGGUAUGAUCGCGAAAAAUUGCGUUUUGGUACGUGUCUGCGCAAUACGUCACGCUUCUACCCAUACAUUAUGUAUUAUCAAUAAUAAUACUGAAACUAAAUACCAUAUUGUUUAUAUCGUGGUGUACACCAGUGUUGGGCGUAAUCGGUUAAUUUAUUAAAUUACUACCGGGUAACAUGCAAAAACAAUGCUUACGCAGAAUAAGUAAAAUUAAUAGCUAUUAGGUAAGACAUUCUUAUUUGUCCUAGGUGUUUUUAAAUUAUGAACUAUUAAAAAAGAAAAAAAAAUGGAUUUUUGUAUCUUUUAUGACGAGCUGUAUAUUUUUAAUAACACAAAAGCUCUGUGACAUCCUUUCCAAAAUAUUGUUUUCUAUACAUUUCAUAAUAGGUACUUUUACUCUAAAAUCAAAAUUAAGCUAGUUUUACUUAUUCUGCGUAAGCAUUGUUUUUGUAUAUUAUCCGGUAGUUGGACUGAGACAGUAGAUGCGGGUAUAACUAUAUAUGCAUGCAGUACUGUGUUCACUAUCAUUGGCGCUCUAGGGCAAUAAUUAUAAUAUGUUGAGUGUCUAAACUAUAUAUCCACCUAAAAUUUAGUGUCCCAUAUAUUUAUGGCGACUCCAGCUCCUUGGUACAGUUUCCCUUUACUCUUUCUUACCACGGCCCUGUAUACACAAUACACAUAUAUUAUUUAGAUAAUUAUAAAUAACUGUAGUAAGUAAGAAGUAUAUAGCUAACUAAUAGCUAUUACAGUAAAACCUCCUCUAACAGAUACCUCCCAAUAGCGGACGUUUUCUUGGGAAAGGGAAUAUUAUCACUAUUUUUCAAUUGAAAAACUUUCGAAUAGCGAAAUAAUGUUUUUCUCAAAAUAUAGCUUUUAUUCAUUAAUCAUUAAUUAUGAUUAAAAAGUAAAUUAUUUUGUAAUCGUAAUCAAUACAAUAAUUACAUUAUUACUUUAAUCUUUUAAAAUAUUAUUUUAUUGUGAUUAUUGAUUACAUUAAUUUAUAUUAUGGUUAACAGUAAUAAAUUGUAAUCGUAUAAUCUUUAAUCAUUAAUCAGAUCACGAUUUCACUGGUACCAUCAGGAAUAAAUUAAGGAACAAAAGGUAUUAAAUUCAUCAGAUUUAUGAAAAUUACUAGAUAUUUAAUACGUAGCGAAUGUAUGAUUGAUUUUAUUUUUGUAUAUUUUGUAGAAAAUAGGAAAUUGUACGCAUAAUAUUUUUACUGCACAACUUAAAUAAUAUUGUAAAUACCUAUUACAUCUACUACAUUAUAAUAUUCACUAGGUACUUAUAAUAAGUCUAUUAAUAAGGUAAAUCAUCUAUUAAAGAUAGCCGUAUAAAUGUAUAAUAAAAUAUACUAAUACUAUGCUAUAUAUGCAUAUAUUCAUUACUCACUCAUUGACUGACUGCCAAUCGAUUUUUUUCCGUCAGUUAUUAUUUUCCUGUUUUCCUCGAUAGUCAUUUACCAAACUUCUUUACAAUGAAAAACGUUAGUGGAAAAUGUCCGGGUAUACCUACCGAUUUUCUUCAUAGUUCACUUCAUUUUUUGUCAGAACCGGAUCGCGAAUGUUUGUGUGCGCGCGUAAAAAAAGGCUACAUAAACGAUUUGUUGUCAAACCAGUCUGCAAAAAUGGACUACGAUUACAUGCGUAAAAUGAGUAAAAAAGGAAUUGGAUGCCCAAAUAGAGUGAUCAAUCUACUGAAAUAUACUCAUUAUCCCGGAAAGUAUUAACUUUUUUUCGGAAUUUGUUUUAUUGAACAUUUAACCAACAAGCAGCUCUAAAAUUUUACAUUUAUGUUAUUUUUUGUCACCCUUAUUUUUACUGCUACAACCAAUAUCUAAUAUUGGUUUUUAAACGCCAACCUAUAUUAAAAAUUCCAUAAAUAGAUGGAGUAUUAGUUAAAAUAAAUUUUGGUGUAGACAUUUUUGAUUUCUGUCAAUCCUUUGACGAUAUAUUCCACUUUUAAGUUUGGGAUGGGGGAAAGUUGUAAUGGAGCAUUAUUUUUGUGACGACGUGCGGCGUUUUAAUAAUAACUACUCUCAUUCGUCUCAAACGGGAAUAUCUCGUCAAUGGAUUAAAAUCAAAAAUGUCUAUACCAAAAUUUAUUUUAACUAAUACUCCAUCCGUGUUAUCUAUCUAAAACUGUCAUGAAUACUUUAAAAAUAAAUAUUUCUAAGAAAAAAAUGUACGUAUUCUAUAUUGCUAUAUAACUGUAUAACAAUAUACACAACAGUUAUAUAUAUAUAUAUAAUGAAAAAAAAACCAAACUCUAAUUUAAUAAAUCACCAAUUAUGUAUAAAUAUGUUUUAAUAAUGCCUGUACCGUUUUGUAGCACAACGAUUGCGAAACGGUGUGUAAGAACGAGAAAUGCGAAAAAAAAGUCGCCAACGGGGAGGACAGUGUUCUGAUGCCCCUCUCUACGGUGGAUUCGAAAUCAGAUUGUCACACACACAGUGUGAGUAUAGUAUAAUAAAUUAUAACAAUAUAAUUGAUAUACAUAUUGGAUAUAUUACCUUAUAUUACAAGUUUGCCUCCGAUGUUUUUAAAUCGGCGCUUUUCGGACACCGAAAUUAACUGUCAUUAGAAUCCCUCUCCGGCAAUGCAACAGUAUAGUUGUAAUUUAUAUCGAACAAGAUCAUAUUUAUAGGACUAUCGGUUUAGUUUUCGAAAAUAAUAUCAAUUGACUGAUGCGUCAUUGCAACAAAAGAAGAUAUCUUUACGUUGUUUGAUUGGAGCAAGAUUUCUAAUAAAAAAAACGUUGCUUAUAGACAGGAAAAAGAACCACACAUCAUAGUUUUGGUUAUUUCAACUCUGGAGACGGAUCUCUGCCGCUCACAGAAUUUGUUUGUAUUUCUUUUUAAAUUGAAAAAAUAUGGCUUUUACACUGCAGGUGGCCAAAGUAGUGAAAACUAUGUUAACAUACGUAAGCAUAUAAUUAUGUUUUUCGUUACAGUGCUCACACCCUCACCCCGAAAGGAAGAUGAUGAAUACGUUUGGAUGGGCUAGGAUCGAAGUCGUGGUAAUGCUCGGAGGUUGCGUGUUUCUGGCAGCCCUCACCUUCUCCUUGGUGGUCGAAGCCGUCCAGACGCUCAUCCACAUCGAUCACCAGGACCCAAUGCAUCAGCCGCUAUCCGUAUUCAUCAUCGGUUUCGUUGGUCUGCUUAUUCAUGGACUCUGUUAUUUGUUAUUGGGAGGUAAUGUAAAAAAAGAUAUACUUAAGACAUACUUUGCAAAAUGGGUAGGCCACUGUUUUAGGUGAGAAGUUGGGAAAAUAGAGGAGAAACUUAAUGUAUAUCUGUACGCAAAUUCUGAGCGGAGUUCGGUUAACAGUGUUGCAUGUUAACAAUAUAUAACCUGUUUAUCUCAUUUAUUAUGAAAACAGCUGGAAAAAUAAAAAAAUAAUCUCCUUAAAGUGUCACCUCAAUCAAAUUUCCUUUCAGAAAAAGUGAUAUUUUAAUUGAAAAUAAGAGCAAAAUUACUGGUAGAAAAAUUGUCCACAGAAAAAAAAAAAUAACAUUGUAAAGCCAAUACAUUCCUCGCUCUAAUUUUAAUGAGAUGUAUGUGAGGCAAUGCACAAAUUGUACAUGACAAACUACGGUAUAGUCAGUCCAAAAGCCCAGUUAAACGUGCUAAUAGAGAUAUUGAAGCUAAUAAUCUAUCUUGAUGCAUGGAUGUCGGACAGUAAAUGUAAUGAUUGGCCAACCGCUCUCAAGUUUUUUCCAGUUUUAAAAAAAUCGAGAUUUAAAGCUAAACUAAAUGUCCUAGUCUUAGUUGUAAAAGUCUUAACAAAAUAUUUGAAUUUUACAACAUUACCUGUACAUAAUAAUAUUCUCCAUUAAUGCCUAGGUAUUAACAAUUAGUAUUUACUAAUGUUAGGUAUUCAUGAUAUUGGCCAGAAAUUUACGUUAUUACCUAAUUUACGUCUUAGGCGGUAACAUAUAGGUAUUUAAUUAAUGAUAAUAAAUACCAGGGUAUUGUAUUUUUGUAACACGGGUAAGUAACGGGGAAGAACUAUUGAUAAAAAAAGUUCUAGUUAUAAGAAUACGCGAUUUAUAAAAAGUAUAAUUUAAUGGCAUUUAUCCAGUUUUAUAGAAUUACUUAAUAUACGUCUGAAAUGAAUUACCCAGGCAAAAAUUAAAUAUAAUUCAGCCUGUAGAACAGAACCAACCGCGAAAAAUCGCUUUUAAAAAAAGAUUUUUAUUUGUCAUCAACAAAAAUAAAUAAAAUAGAAUUUAACCAGAGUAAAAAAAAAAAAUUAUAACCAACUUUUUUUAAAAAUAUUUAAGUAACUAGGUCACAAAAAGUAAAAUGUUAAAGUACGUUUAUUCCAACUUUAUAAUUUUAUUUUUUUAAAAUAAGAAGUUUCAAGAUCUAUUAUAAUUGAAAGUACCUACCUUUUCUACUCCUUAAUUAAACAUAGCUUCCUAAUUUGAUAUGCUAUUAAAUAAUUAAAAACGACAACAAAAUUAAGGGGAAUGGAAGCGGUGAUUAACUGUCUUUGUCUUACACACAUGCAACAUAGGAAUUUAUAAUCGUUCUAUUUCCAACGUACCUACUGAUUGGUCUAAUGAAGUGAUAAGAAUUCUAAAAACAGAUUUGAAUUUUAUUAUUAAUUUCUCGAUUUCUUCAGAAAUUAAAAAUAUUUCAUUUGUUUAAAUACUUCUUUUUAUAACGGGUUUUUUUUAGGAUUUAGAGAGAUAAAAUUAAAAAUUUGGAAAAGUCGAUUUCAAGAAAACUUAACAACAAAUUCAAAUUUGUUUUCAGAAUUCUUAUCGCUUCACUAAACCAAUCGUACAUUGGAAAUAGAACGCGUCUAAAUUCCUAUGUAACACGUGUGUUAAGACAAAGACAGAAAAUCACAGCUGCCAAUCCCUUUAUUAUAAUAGAUGUUAUUAGUUAAAAAUUAUUAAUUCUAUUAAUUCAUUAAACUUAUUAUUGAGGUGAUAUUAUUUUUAGAUACAUGUUAAAGUAGUGAAUUAUCAGUAAAACUUGACUGUUUAUGAACAUUUUUAGAAAAUUGUACAAGUAUUAUGAACUUUGAACAGGAUAGGUAAAUAUAUCAGUUAUAUAUUUUUUAAUUUUAUCUAUGCACAUUCAAAUUAUAUGGUAACAAAUGCAUGUACAUUACAAUCAUUAAUACCUACUAAAAAAAAAAAAACCAUUUUUACUAUUUAUAUUAAGAAAUGUUUUUUUUUUGUAUUCCAAUUUUUUUUUAACUAUUAUGAUUUUGUAUAUUGAUUGUUCACAAAAGUUUUGUAGGAGUAAUAUUUUGUUGUUAAUUUAAUAAUCUAUUUUAUUAUGCAAUUAAUAUUUGAUGAAAACAAUUGAUAAAAUGUUCUUCAAUCCCUUUAGUAUCAAAUCAUAUUGGGUAACAGGCACAUACAUAUACAGAAGCGGGUAUUGUGGAUUGACAAAAUCUUCAAACCCUCCUCUUGAAUUUGAAAAUGCUAUGUUUAAUGCAUCAUUUAUUAUACAAGUGCAAUUUUAAGUUUUAGAUUCUAACUGGAGUGGAGAAGCUUAUGGUUUUACAAUGAUGUUUAUUUUUUUUUUCUGUAGACAACUUUUGUGCCAUUUUGCUCAGAUUUUUAAUGAUUGCAUUUUUUUGAAAGGAAAUUAUACUGGAGAGUUACUUUAAGACAGUCAUUUUUUGAUUUUCUCAGGAAUUUUUGCAAUAAAUGGGAAAACCAGUAAAAUAGAUAUACUAUUAAAAAAAAUGUUUAAUGCUUAUGUAAUUAUUUUACUUUAUGACAUAAUAUAUUGUUAACAAAACCACACUCAGAAUCAUUUUUCGUUAGUAAUGGUUUAUUUUUGCUUACCGAUAUACAUUAAAUUAUCUAUAACAGUGGGUACACCCAUCCCCAUUAUCCUAGGAUAGUUUUUUUACUUGUGAACACCUCUCCAAAAUUGUUUUCUGUUUAUGUUUCAGGUCCAAUAGCACAAAAUUCUAGUGUUCCAGGGAAUGAAAUAUUAACAACUACUCCUCUAAAUUCCAGUCUAUUACCAAAACAAAAAAUACAAAUGAAAUACUGCCGAUUAAGGGAAAUAUGUCGUGAUGUAGUUGGUAGAAUAUUCUUCUAAACAAUGAUUACAUAACUAUACAUUUUGCAAUAAAAUUAACAUAACAAUAACUUCCAUAGGUUGUUUAACGGUGAUGAUAUGUUCGAUUGCCGUGCAUUACACCAAACCAGCCAUAGCAAAGUAUAUUGAUCCUGGAACAUCUAUUAUAGCAGCUGCGGUAAUGCUCUAUCUAAAAUAUCCUAUUAGUGAGUUACCUAUUUGCAAUAAUUAAAAAAUAAAAGAGAAUAUAUCUUCAAUCAAAUGUUAAAAUAUAUUAUAUUUACCUAAUUAAUAUUUUAGUGAAAGAAUCUGGUUUGAUUCUUCUUCAGACAAUGCCAGACCGCAUAAAUAUUAAUACAAUUUGCAAAGACUUGAUGAAAACCUUUCCAGAUAUAGUAAAUGUACACGAACUUCAUAUUUGGCAAAUGACUGAAGACAAAAUUGUAUCUACAGCACACAUUAUAUUUUACAACCCACAAGUAAAUAUAUUUAUCUAGUAAAAAAUAAUUUAAUAUUCUUUUUUCUUUUUUAAGGAUUAUUUGAGAAUAAAUAACGAAGUUAUACAGUUUUUCCACACAAACGGAAUUUUAGAAGUGACUAUUCAACCUGAGUUUUUUAAAGAUGAACAGAACAUUCAACUGAUGCCAGAAUAUGGCAUGGGACAGUGUUUGAUACAGUGUAAUAACGUAAUGGAGUGUUUCAAUAGGAAUUGCUGUGAACUAAAUGACAUUAAAUUGACUGAACAAUGUUAA